AUCUCAAAUGUCAGGUCAUGUGAUACUGAAGUCGUGAAAGCUUUUGUCUCCGUUUCCUGACUCACUUCUGAUUUUUCGCUGGACACCGAGGAGCUGGAACUAAAAUGAAGCUUCUUAUAAUAAUUUCUGGCCUUUUGGCUUUUGUCUCCAGCAAACCCUGUGAUACAGAUGGAUCCAACCAUGAGCUGCUCAUGUCACUUAACAAGAAUCUCCUUCGCUCCCUGGAUGGACAGGAAGGACUGCCCAAUCCCAGCAUCCACUUGGCGCUGCGUCUUUCUAAUUACCACAGUCUCGUUAAGGAGGCAGAUUACCUUAAUAAACUGAAAAAUGAACUACACAAUGACAUUCAAAACUCACUCACAAGCAGCCAGCCUGUGACGGGCAUUUUGGCGCUGUACAGUCUGGCGUUGAAGUCCUCCUGCUAUGACCUCAACACCAUCACCUUCACCGUAGGCGACAAGAGCGAGAUGCUGCUGACACAGCUGAAGACGCAGAUGGAACAGGAGAAAGAGCACAUUGCCUUCAGCCACCGCCCUUUGACCAACUACUACCAGUACAGCCUGGGUGUGCUGGCUCUGUGUGUGAGCAGCAUCCGGGUCAACCACCACGUCAUCCACAAGCUCAUCAAAGCAGCAGACGACAGUCACUUCAGACAUGGAGAAACAGAGAGUAUCGACACCUACGCCAUGGCUGGAAUGGCCCUGCAGUGUGUGAAGGACUCUGGRUUUUAUGUGCACAACCCUGCUGAGCUCGACACAGCUCUUAGCAAGAUCAAGCAGAAGCUUCUGGCCUCUCGUCGGGCUGACGGUCACAUGGGCAAUGAGUUCAGCACAGGUCUUGCAGUUCAAGCCUUACUGGCAAUGGGCAGCGACGUUGCAGACUGUUCAGCCUCAAUGGAGGCCAUGAGGACGGCUGCUAGAAGUAAUGUCUAUCACAACCCCAUGGCCAUUUCCCAAACGCUGCCUGCUCUCCAGAAAAAAUCCUACCUGACUGUAAAAAGCAAGCAAUGCCUUAAUGAGGAUAAUUCUCUGGUUCUGGAGCCGACUGAGCCACCUGUGGUCGUGCCGAGCGAUACCAAAGUGAAUGUGAUGGUGGAGGUGGUGACGUCUAGCGGAGCCACGGCUCUUUAUUCUGUGGACGUGCCAAAGGGCAGCUCUCUGUUGGAGGCCCUCGAUGUGCUGAAAACAAAAAGUGUUGGCUUCACGUUUGAGCUGGAGUCUAGCUUGUGGGGACCUUUCUUAAGCACAGUCAAUGGAGAGCAGGCCAGGCAAAGUGAUCGCAGAUAUUGGCACCUCUCCUCUGAUGGCACGGCACUGACUGAGGGCGUUAAUGAUUUCAAGAUUGAAGCGGCCCAAAAGAUCACCAUCAAAAACACAAGCUACUGAGGAUGCAGCAAUGACUGAUGGGACUUAGAAUCCUUACAACUUAAGAGUUUUUGUUUUGUUUUACUCUGCUCAAUGAUUGUAAUAAAUGUUUUGUUCUUCUCUUUAAUGGAAAUCUUCACAGAAUGUUUGCUUGAAUAGAGGUGGGAAACUAAAAUGAAACUGUGAUUUAGGAUUACUUUAAUUGUCUUUGCUCUGAGUGUUUCCCCCCUAUUGGAUUUUCUUUGUAACCUUUUAAUAAAGAUGUGUUUCAAAUAAA